UCGCCCCAGGGCCUGCUCAGCCCGGCGUCCGGCCCGGCGCCCGCCAGCCUCGGCCUCGGCCUGGGACAUGGGCUGGAGGGGCAGCGCCAGAGAAGGCGAGUCGCCUCCCAGCGCUGCUCUCUCGAGUUCCUGGAAGACGCUGUGGGAUGUGCCUCGGUUCAAAGAACCAAACACAUAUCCGGAUCCCCAAGACACAAAGGCCUGAAGAAGACUCACUUCAUCAAGAACAUGAGGCAGUAUGACACAAGGAACAGCAGGAUCGUGCUCAUCUGUGCCAAGCGGUCCCUGUGUGCGGCCUUCUCGGUCCUGCCCUACGGAGAAGGACUGCGGGUCAGUGACCUGAGGGUGGACAGCCAGAAGCUGAGGCACCCAUCCGGUGGCGUCUCCGCGUCUUCUGAGAUGGUCUUUGAGUUGGAAGGCGUCGAGCUGGGAGCAGAUGGGAAGGUGGUGUCUUAUGCCAAGUUCUUGUAUCCAACGAAUGCCCUGGUCACACACAAGACAGACAGCCACGGCCUGCCGCCCCAACCCCGGCCCAGCGUCCCCCGCACUCUGCCAGGCUCAAGAUACAAACCGGCCCCAGCCAAGUCGGCGCCAGCCGGCACGGAACUAGGGAGUGACGCAGGGGAUGCGCUGGAGUAUAACCCCAACCUCCUGGACGACCCACGGUGGCCCUGCGGCAAGCACAAGCGGGUCCUCAUCUUCGCCUCUUACAUGACCACGGUGAUAGAGUACGUGAAGCCGUCUGACCUCAAGAAGGACAUGAAUGAGACCUUCCGGGAGAAGUUCCCUCACAUCAAACUGACCCUGAGCAAGAUCCGGAGUUUAAAACGGGAGAUGCGGAACCUUUCUGAGGAGUGCAGCCUGGAGCCUGUGACGGUGUCCAUGGCCUACGUGUACUUCGAGAAGCUCGUGCUGCAGGGCAAACUCAACAAGCACAACCGCAAGCUGUGCGCCGGGGCAUGCGUGCUGCUUGCCGCCAAGAUCAGCAGCGACCUCCGCAGAAGCGAAGUCAAGCAGCUCAUCGACAAGCUAGAAGAAAGGUUUCGCUUCAACAGACGGGAUCUAAUUGGGUUCGAGUUCACGGUGCUAGUGGCCUUGGAACUCGCGCUCUACCUUCCCGAGAGCCAGGUGUUACCUCACUACAGACGCCUCACGCAGCAGUUCUAGUCCAGGCCGCCUCUGCACGCGGGACGGCCCCCCUGCAGGCGCGAACGCUCGGGCCCAGGGGAUGUUCCCAGGCGCUGCGCUGCACACCCACCCGGGCGCACCUGGGCACCCACCUGGCGGGACUCGCCUGCCCUCUGUGACUGACGCCGCGGUCUUCACGCCCUUGCAUCCUUGGAGAGACACGGCUUUCGUCCCAAAGCACAGCGUGCCACCAUGGUAUUCCUGAGAGCCUGCUUGCAUUUUCACAGGAACGAGAUGGGUCGGUUUUGUGUUCUUUUCCACGUGCCUGAGAGUGGGCUGCACGGGGACCCUGGCUUACCUUGUGCAGUCAUCCCAGCUCUGCGGCGUCCUUCUCCUUUGGGUGUCCCGCAAACCACGGGAGGUGCUGUGCAAGCAUCGCAGUGGAGAGCUGCAUUUCCAGACCCUACCUGAGGAAGCACGAGUCUUGGCUGUUUCAGGUUUUCACAUGUGGAGACGCAGCACUGCACCCCCACGGCCUGGCUCCCUCCCAGCCCAGCAGCGCCCCCCAGAUGCCCACCGCCUCCCCGCUGUCCACAGGUGGAGCUCCGGUAUUAGGUUAAGCCAAGCAGAGCAGACUCUGAUUUAUCUCAUUCUUUACUCUUCCGAGCAUCGUGUCACUGUGAAAUUCCGGUGCCGGGUGCCGCACAGCCCCGCAGGCCUCAGCGCAGACCCUGGCCCACCCCUGGGGGACCCGCCCCUCACCUCUCACCAGGAAACCCUGCUGCGCCUGUGGCACUCUGGACCUUCAGGAUGACUGGUUGCUUGCUCUUGGCUCUUGAUCUCCCUAAGCAACAUUGUGAUGGAGAAAAAGUGUAUUUAUUGUUAUUUGGGAUUCGGUUCUAUGGGUCUUUUUAAGGGAACAAAAACUGGUUACACAAGAGCUGUUGAAGUUGUGGCUUGAAACCACUUUCUCAAGCAGGCGGGAGACGUGCUCCUCCGCGGCCCCGCACCCCAUGGCACCAUCUCCCCAAGGGGGUCAGUGCUCACAGGGUCUCUUCCCAGGCAGGAGGGAACAGCAGUCCCGGCUGCCACACAAAAUGAGCCCAAAGGUAGCGGCCAUCACCUGUGCGCAGGCCUGUGCCUCGCAUGCCGGCAGGGCCCGUGUUCUGCUUUCCCAAGUCUGUGUGUCUUUUCUGCACUCUGACCUGGUUCUCCAGUGUGCUGCCCCACCAAACACUGAAGAACCAAGGAGCUUCUCCCCUUGGGUCAGCUGCUGUCAAAAAUGACCACGUUGGCUGGGCCAUUUAGCUGCUUCCCUACUGCUAGCCUAUGAACCUGUCACAGGGCCUAGGUUACAGCCUCACCCUGUACUCGCGUGUGGACCGGUGCUUCUGCAAAAAGGCGACCCCGGUUCUCAUCACAGCACUCAGGCACCAGCACCUCCGCCCAGACCCCAGCACCCGCGUCUGCCCGCAAGCCAGCCCUUCCUCCUCACUGGUACAAGGGGAGACUGCAGCAUGGAGGCCAAAGCCCAAGUCCGUAUUCUGACCUUAUUUAUUGUGGAGAACCUCCCUGUCCUCUCCAACGUGGCCGCUUAACCCCUAUGUACCCAAUGUGAAGAUGGAAGUUUCCUUCUGGAUAGCAACCUGUCCUACCACUUGUGUCUGGAGGUUUUCAGGUUAUAAGCACUGCAAGGAACCAACCCCAAGGGUAUAUCCUGGUUCACAGCUUGACUUCAGAGCACGUGUCCUUGAGAACAGCUGAGACACGAGCCAAGUGUAUGCGCUCAAACACGCCGUGGCUUGUCCCUUGGUGUGUCCUUGUGUCAUCAGUGCAGAAAGCUGCUGUCAUGUGGCAUUCAGCAGUCACUGCAACAAAGCCAGUAUUGAAGCCAAACUUCAGCCAGAACCCCUCAUUCUCUGCAACAAGCCCAGAUGUGAGAGAUGUCUGAGGGCCUGACCCGGCUCUCGGCACCUGGUAGCCGUUGUGGACUGAGAAGUGUGCUACACGACUAUCUGACCUCAUUGUCCAGUCAUAUGUCAUGAUUUGUUUGCAAAUGGUAAUGUAUUUCUGGUUUGAAAUAAAACGUGGUUUUGCAAUGUC